AUGAAUAAGGUAAGGAAGAAACACAUACACUGCGUUGUGCGUCAUCCACACCUGCAUUGUGCAUUAUAGUAACUGUCGCGCUGUCUUGGGUUUCACCUCAACCUCCAAAGACAGUGUUCAUCAAACCUCAUCUGUGUCAGUUUCCAACACAGGUUACACCUACACCUCCAUCACUAAACCUUGGCCCGUGUGGGUAUUUUACUUUAACUCCUUACUUUCCUGCCAUUAAUUGAACAGGACUUCCUGGUCUGGGGCCGUCUAGUGUUUAAUGUAUUAAUCUGCAUUUUGAUUUCACAUGAAUCAUUAUCACAGAUUCUAACUACGAUGUCUCCUUUCCCCAGAUACUACUACUGAUCGUUGUUUUCUAUGUGUUUUUCCCCCCCAGUAGUACUACGGUAGUGUUUUCGCCCCAUUAGUAUACUGGAUAUUGUUUUUUUCCCGAGUAGUACUACUAAAUAUACUACUGUGUGUCUUCCUCCGUAGUACUAGUAUGACUACUAAUAAGUGUUUUUCUUCCCGUAUGUUCUACUAGGAUAGUGUUUUCCCCAGUAGUACUACUAAGAAUAUGUUUUCUCCGUCAUUAACUACUAGGUAUAAGUGUUUUUUCUUCAGUAGAACUACUAAGAAUAGUGUUUUCCUCCGUAGUACUACUACUUCUACCGGACUAAGUGUUUUUCCUGUUUUCCUUCUUUCUGUUUUUUCUUUCUGUUUCCUCUCAUUCGUAAACUCUGACUAAGAUACUGUUUUCCUCGUUUUCCCAAACAUCUUUUUUCUCCAGUGUACUCCUAGGAUAGUGGGUUUCCCCAGUAGUACACUGAGGAUAGUGUUUUUUCCCCAUAAGUACUGAACCCAGGAGUGUGUUUUUCUUCAUUAGGUACGUACCACUAACCAGGAUAGUGUUUUCUCGCAGUAGUCUGACUAAUGAUAGUGUUUUUUCCCUCCUUGUUUGUCCCCGUUAGUAAUACUAGGAUAGUGUUUUCCCCCAUUAGUACUACUAUGAGGGUGUUUUCUUAGUAGUACUACCAGGAUAGUGUUUUCCCCAGGUAGUACUACGAGGAUAAAUUGUUUCCCCAUAGUACUACUGAGGGAUAGUGUUUUUCCUCCUUUUUUCUUCCCCAGUAGUACUACUAGAAUAGUGUUUUCCCCAGUAGUACUAACUAGGAUAGUGUUUUCCCCCCCAUUAGUACUUUAACUUAUGAUAAGUGGUUUUCCCCCAAUGUAACUAACUAGGAUAGUGUUUUCCCCCCCGUAGUACACUAUUAUACGUGUUUUCCCCCUCCCCCCAAACCACAACACAACAUACCCGACCUCACCAAGCCAUGAUGAUCUUGUGUAUGUUUCAGUCUGUCAACAGAGCAAUCCUAUAUUCCUCUAUCUUCUCCUCCUUGUCUUCCAGGGCUCUCCCUCUCCUCUCCCUCUCCUCUCCUCUUCCUCCUCGCUCUUCUCUCCUCCUUCUCCUCCCCCCUCGCUUCGUGAAGUUGGGGGUCAUUAAUGACUGGUAAUCGUACAUAUUUAUAUCAUUUCAAAAAAUCAAAGUUUUGAUGGCUGCAAGGGGAAUUCCUUGCAAAGAAGUAUUUUCUCAAUACUUAACUUUUUUCCCGUCCAGAAUCCCCUGACGCCUGUCCUUCCUCGAAGAUGUGUGAGUGAAUAUAACUUAGUUUUAAAUAUGAUUAAUCAUGUCUUAAUGUUGGGAUCAAAAGUCUAAUUCUCCUCCAAAUUUCUCCUCGCCCCGCUCUUCUCCUUUCUCUCCCAGACCCCUACACAUCCAGACUCUUAUCUCCCCCCCCCCCUAACCACAAGACAAAGGCACCCCCCUCUUCUCUCCACAUCUCAUACUCGGGCUUCCUCGUAACGCUUCUCUUCGUCUUCUCGCCUUCCUCCCCCUCAAGACGUAUCGUCUCCGUCCCAUCUCUCCUUCUCUCUCUAUUUUCUCUCCUCUGCUCUCGAGGAAACGAAGCGAGCAAGCUCUCUCUCCCCUCUCGCUCUCCUCUCUCCCUCCUCUCCCUCUCUCAUCUGCUCCCAAAAAAAAAAAAACCAAACCGUCCUCUCUCGCCUCGCUCUCUCUCUCAUCCCGCCCGUGCGUGUUCCUUCUGAUGCGGGGGGUUAUACCUGGUUGGCUUCUGUUUUUCCCCCGCCCACAGACCAUCUCUCUAAGCAAAAAGCCUCCGCCCCUUCCCAGCCCCCCCCCCCGGCCUCUUCGUCCUCGGAGCGUCCCCUGAACACCCAGCCGAGACAUAGAGGUGAUGAGAGCAUAACACUAAUGUCACUCACACCCCAUACGUUCAAACUCUGUGUACACGCGCAUACAGUCCACUCUUAAAAUAUUUGUAUCUCUCUCACCCCCUCUCCUUCUCCUCCCCCUCCCUCUCGCUCUCUCCCUCUCUCUCUCUCCUCCUCCCGCUCUCUCCUCCUCACCCCUCUCCCUCAGUCUCUCUCCUACCCCCCCCUUCAUCUCUCUCCCCCCCCUCCAUCCUCUCUGUCGCCUCCGUCUACCUCCUCUCUCUCCCCCCCCUCUCGUAUCUCCUCCCCCCUCAUUCUCUUCUUCUCCAUCCGUCGCCUUCUCCGGCCCUGCUCCAUCAUUCCUCUCAGCCGUUCGUCGUAAUCUCUCUCUCCUCCCCGACCAGCCCUCCCUCACUCUCAUAAGAAGUGCGGGUUACCGUCCCUCCGUCCCACCCAGUCUCCCUCUCGCGUCCAGAAUCGCCCCCCGUCCCGUGCUCUUAAACCUCUCCCCAGUAUCUACCCCUCCCCCACCAUCCUCUCGUCUCGUCCUCCGGCUAGUUCCUCCUGCGACCUCCCCCCCUCAUCUCUCGUUUCUACUUACAAUCUAAUCUCUUCUCUUCCUCUCGGGCGAAAGGAAAGGCGUAGGAGAGUGAGUAGCGUUGUAGGAAGAGAAAAACUAUAGCGAGGAGCCUCUGACUGGCUCUCUCCUCCACCACCUCUCUCUCUCAGAAUAGCUCUCCUCCCCCUCUUCUCUCUCGCUCUCCUCGCCCCUCUCGCGUGUCGCUCCCUCUCUCUCUCUCCUCUUCAGCUCCUUUGUUCGCCAGCUGGUUGGGGUUUGUUCAGCAUGUCGUCUGUCGUCUGUAUGAGUUUUUCACUCUCAGGAGCUCUCCGCACACACUCAUCUCUCCUGCAGUCUACAGACCUCCUGUGGCCAAGCCGCCCUGUACUAACCCUGUUCUGCGUGCCUGGUGAGAGACACACACACACACACGUACAGACAGAUGCAUGCCCUCUCCUCACACAAACCCACACCGCACACACACACACACACACACACAACACCACAAACACACACACACACACACACAUACACGCAUGCACUCACACACACACAUACACAUACAGACAGAUGCCAUGCACUCACAACACUCACACCACCUACAGAUGCAUACACAACUCUCACCACCACAAGGAAGCAGAUGAUAAUACAAAAGAACAAAGCAAGAAGAGAAAAGUUUGGAGAGAAAGCGGUAAUAAGGACUACAGAAAUUAUAGAAAAUCGUACCCAUAGACGAGAGAGAAUUUAAGCCGCGCUCUCUCUCGCAGAAGUUUCCGCGCGACUCGCGCAUGGCCGCGUGGACGCUGCGCCACGCGCAAGCUCGGCCGCGGGCGCCGCGCGCGCGCGCGCGCGCCGCCGCGAGCGCGCGCGCCUCUAGCGCUGCCGGGCCCGCCGCGCCCUCGCGCCUUGGACCCGCCGCACGAAAUUGUAUUUGACAUCAGUGGGUGGUCCUGGCUGUACAGCUACAAGGUUACACCAUUAGAGAAAUGAUGAAAUGCAUUCAGAGGAAAUCUAAUAUGUUCUAUAAAUGUGUAGAGUAAGUGUUGGUCUAUCUGGUCCAGGUGCAGACUGGUUGUGUGUUCUCUGUAGGACACACACACAUAGUGUUCUCUGUACUGGUCUCUACCAGUCAUAUAAACACAGCUGCACCACAACCAUAGGAGGAGUCCUCCGCAGUUCACUGUGUGUGUGUGUGUGUUUCCUGUCUCACUGCUCCACACCCAUCAUUAAUCUGAGGGCUGAGGCCCUGCUCUUAGGAGGGGGAGGGAGAGACGGAUAUGCUGUUGAAAUGCUGCUGAUAGUCUACAGAUUGUUGACUACAGUCUACCUUGUUGAAAAUGAUGAGAUAUACAGUUGAGAUGCUACUGAAAGGCUAAAGACAUGCUGUUGAAAUGCUGCUGAGAUGGACUACAGACACUUUCUUGUUGAAAGUCAACAGACUUACUGAUACAGUGGGGAGAACAAGUAUUUGAUACACUGCCGAUUUUGCAGGUUUUCCUACUUACAAAGCAUGUAGAGGUCUGUAAUUUUUUAUCAUAGGUACACUUCAACUGUGAGAGACGGAAUCUAAAACAAAAAUCCAGAAAAUCACAUUGUAUGAUUUUUAAGUAAUUCAUUUGCAUUUUAUUGCAUGACAUAAGUAUUUGAUCACCUACCAACCAGUAAGAAUUCCGGCUCUCACAGACCUGUUAGUUUUUCUUUAAGAAGCCCUCCUGUUCUCCACUUAUUACCUGUAUUAACUGCACUUGUUUGAACUCGUUACCUGUAUAAAAGACACCUGUCCACACACUCAAUCAAACAGACUCCAACCUCUCCACAAUGGCCAAGACCAGAGAGCUGUGUAAGGACAUCAGGGAUAAAAUUGUAGACCUGCACAAGGCUGGGAUGGGCUACAGGACAAUAGGCAAGCAGCUUGGUGAGAAGGCAACAACUGUUGGCGCAAUUAUUAGAAAAUGGAAGUUCAAGAUGACGGUCAAUCACCCUCUGUCUGGGGCACCAUGCAAGAUCUCACCUCGUGGGGCAUCAAUGAUCAUGAGGAAGGUGAGGGAUCAGCCCAGAACUACACGGCAGGACCUGGUCAAUGACCUGAAGAGAGCUGGGACCACAGUCUCAAAGAAAACCAUUAGUAACACACUACGCUGUCAUGGAUUAAAAUCCUGCAGCGCAUGCAAGGUCCCCCUGCUCAAGCCAGCGCAUGUCCAGGCCCGUCUGAAGUUUGCCAAUGACCAUCUGGAUGAUCCAGAGGAGGAAUGGGAGAAGGUCAUGUGGUCUGAUGAGACAAAAAUAGAGCUUUUUGGUCUAAACUCCACUCGCCGUGUUUGGAGGAAGAAGAAGGAUGAGUACAACCCCAAGAACACCAUCCCAACCGUGGAAGCAUGGAGGUGGAAACAUCAUUCUUUGGGGAUGCUUUUCUGCAAAGGGGACAGUACGACUGCACCGUAUUGAGGAUGGAUGGGGCCAUGUAUCGCGAGAUCUUGGCCAACAACCUCCUUCCCUCAGUAAGAGCAUUGAAGAUGGGUCGUGGCUGGGUCUUCCAGCAUGACAACGACCCGAAACACACAGCCAGGGCAACUAAGGAGUGGCUCCGUAAGAAGCAUCUCAAGGACCUGGAGUGGCCUAGCCAGUCUCCAGACCUGAACCCAAUAGAAAAUCUUUGGAGGGAGCUGAAAGUCCGUAUUGCCCAGCGACAGCCCCGAAACCUGAAAGAUCUGGAGAAGGUCUGUAUGGAGGAGUGGGCCAAAAUCCCUGCUGCAGUGUGUGCAAACCUGGUCAAGACCUACAGGAAACUUAUGAUCUCUGUAAUUGCAAACAAAGGUUUCUGUACCAAAUAUUAAGUACUGAUUUUCUGAUGUAUCAAAUACUUAUGUCAUGCAAUAAAAUGCAAAUGAAUUACUUAAAAAUCAUACAAUGUGAUUUUCUGGAUUUUUUUUUGUUUGUUUUAGAUUCCGUCUCUCACAGUUGAAGUGUACCUAUGAUAAAAAUUACAGACCUCUACAUGCUUUGUAAGUAGGAAAACCUUCAAAAUCGGCAGUGUAUCAAAUACUUGUUCUCCCCACUGUAUGUUCCUCUCCUCUCCUCUCCUCUCCUCUCCUCUCCUCUCCUCUCCUCUCCUCUCCUCUCCUCUCCUCCAUCUUAUGUAAGAACCCACUUCUUUAUUGUUUUGUUUUUUGGCACAAAGAUCUAUUUUUCUCCCUCCUCUCUCAUUCCCCAUCGUUCAUCCCCUCUAUUUUGUCCCAGUUCUAGUUUUCUCCAGAUGUGGGUAUUUGGCUGCUGGAGCCCUACAGAGAGACAUUUGAAAAAAUAACAAGAGCGACGGGGUGUGUGUGUGUGUGUGUGGUGGGGGGGGGGGAGAGAGAGAGAGAGAGAGAGAGGGAGAGAGAGAGGGAGAGAGAAGGAGAGAGAGAGAGAGAGAGAGAGAGAUAGAGAGAGAGAGAGAGAGAAUUAACAAUGCUAUGUAAUAAAUGGCUGUUGUGAACAUCAAACUUUCAUAGACCAAAAACAACCAUUACGUUAGGAACACUGCACAGCACAUGAUUUAGAGUGAAUUUGGAACUACUUUGCUUGAGUUUUCUUCGACAGCGGGAAAAAUAGGUUUUGAAACCAAAAUGCUUUUGGAACACAGUUUGGAAAUAAAUCCUGUCACUGCUGUUCAUAUUGUAACACAGUUGUUUUCCAUUCAACUCAUUAUAGCAGCGUCAGCGCUCACAUAUAGCAUGUUGUGAGGUACACGUGUACACACACACACACACACACACACACACACACACACACACACACACUGUAGACCUGACUGUGACCCUAGUGUUCUGCUACCACACUUAACUGACACGUGUGUGUGUGUGUAAAAUCCUAUGGGGAGAGGACAUAGAGGUCCAUACAUUGUGAAAGGUUUUUUAAUAGGCAUGUCAGAGGUUUGACCUUCCAGUCUGUUUUCUUAGUUAACGUUUUACAUCACCUACUCACGGUUCUCUAACCUAUGUGUGGAAAAGUGUGUCUAUAUGGUCUCCAUCGCUAACAUGUACAGUGGGGAAAAAAAGUAUUUAGUCAGCCACCAAUUGUGCAAGUUCUCCCACUUAAAAAGAUGAGAGAGGCCUGUAAUUUUCAUCAUAGGUACACGUCAACUAUGACAGACAAAAUGAGAAUUAUUUUUCAAGAAAAUCACAUUGUAGGAAUUUUAAUGAAUUUAUUAGCAAAUUAUGGUGGAAAAUAAGUAUUUGGUCAAUAACAAAAGUUUCUCAAUACUUUGUUAUAUACCCUUUGUUGGCAAUGACACAGGUCAAACGUUUUCUGUAAGUCUUCACAAGGUUUUCACACACUGUUGCUGGUAUUUUGGCCCAUUCCUCCAUGCAGAUCUCCUCUAGAGCAGUGAUGUUUUGGGGCUGUCACUGGGCAACACGGACUUUCAACUCCCUCCAAAGAUUUUCUAUGGGGUUGAGAUCUGGAGACUGGCUAGGCCACUCCAGGACCUUGAAAUGCUUCUUACGAAGCCACUCCUUCGUUGCCCGGGCGGUGUGUUUGGGAUCAUUGUCAUGCUGAAAGACCCAGCCACGUUUCAUCUUCAAUGCCCUUGCUGAUGGAAGGAGGUUUUCACUCAAAAUCUCACGAUACAUGGCCCCAUUCAUUCUUUCCUUUACACGGAUCAGUCGUCCUGGUCCCUUUGCAGAAAAACAGCCCCAAAACAUGAUGUUUCCACCCCCAUGCUUCACAGUAGGUAUGGUGUUCUUUGGAUGCAACUCAGCAUUCUUUGUCCUCCAAACACGACGAGUUGAGUUUUUACCAACAAGUUCUAUUUUGGUUUCAUCUGACCAUAUGACAUUCUCCCAAUCCUCUUCUUGAUCAUCCAAAUGCACUCUAGCAAACUUCAGACGGGCCUGGACAUGUACUGGCUUAAGCAGGGGGACAAGUCUGGCACUGCAGGAUUUGAGUCCCUGGCGGCGUUGUGUGUUACUGAUGGUAGGCUUUGUUACUUUGGUCCCAGCUCUCUGCAGGUCAUUCACUAGGUCCCCCCGUGUGGUUCUGGGAUUUUUGCUCACCGUUCUUGUGAUCAUUUUGACCCCACGGGGUGAGAUCUUGCGUGGAGCCCCAGAUCGAGGGAGAUUAUCAGUGGUCUUGUAUGUCUUCCAUUUCCUAAUAAUUGCUCCCACAGUUGAUUUCUUCAAACCAAGCUGCUUACUUAUUGCAGAUUCAGUCUUCCCAGCCUGGUGCAGGUCUACAAUUUUGUUUCUGGUGUCCUUUGACAGCUCUUUGGUCUUGGCCAUAGUGGAGUUUUGAGUGUGACUGUUUGAGGUUGUGGACAGGUGUCUUUUAUACUGAUAACAAGUUCAAAAAGGUGCCAUUAAUACAGGUAACGAGUGGAGGACAGAGGAGCCUCUUAAAGAAUAAGUUACAGGUCUGUGAGAGCCAGAAAUCUUGCUUGUUUGUAGGUGACCAAAUACUUAUUUUCCACCAUAAUUUGCAAAUAAAUUCAUUAAAAAUCCUACAAUGUGAUUUUCUGGAUUUUUUUUCUCUCAAUUUGUCUGUCAUAGUUGACGUGUACUUAUGAUGAAAAUUACAGGCCUCUCUCAUCUUUUUAAGUGGGAGAACUUGCACAACUGGUGGCUGACUAAAUACUUUUUUCCCCCACUGUAUGUGUGUGUGUUCUCUAAACAUGUGUGUGUGUGGUCUCUAUAAUGUGUGUGUCUGUAACGUGUGUGUGUGUGUGGUCCCUACAACCUACAGGGAGCGUGGUGUAUGGCUGGGUCUCAGUGACGUCGACUCUCCAGGCUCGCUGCGCUGGGUGGACGGCUCGGAGGCGCGGGAUGGCGAGGGCGGAGGGAGAGACCGGGCUACGCUGGUUCGGGGGAAAGUGUGUGUGUCACUAGACCAUACAGCUCUGCCCAGCUCACACCCCUGCAGCACAAAACGGGCCUACGCCUGCCAGUACCGCCCCCAAGGUAGGAGACUGUACACACACAGAGAGAGGGAGGGGCUUACUUAGCGGGGCCACUCUACCAGAUGUGGAUCUUUUGUUAUUUACUCUUCCUUUACAGCAGCUGCAGACCCCCCCCCCCCCCCCCCCCCCGUAUGAAAAAGUUUGGGCACCCUCCUCUGAUGAGUGGCAACAUGGGGGCCUCAAAACAACUCUCAAAUGACCUGAAAACAAAGAUUGUUCAACAUUAUGGUUUAGGGGAAGGCUACAAAAAGCUAUCGCAGAGAUGUCAGCUAUCAGUGUCCACUGUGAGGAACAUAGUGAGGAAAUGGAAGACCACAGGCACAGUUCUUGUUAAGGUCAGAAGUGGCAGGCCAAGUAAACUAUCGGAAAGGCAAAGGAUGGUGAGAACGGUCAAAAACAGCCCACAGAACACCUCCAAAGACCUACAACAUCAUCUUGCUCCAGAUGGUGUAACUGUGCAUCGUUCAACAAUUCAGCGCACUUUGCACAAGGAGAAGCUGUACGGGAGAGUGAUGCGGAAGAAGCCUUUUCUGCACACACGCCACAAACAGAGUCGCUUGAGGUAUGCAAACGCACAUUUGGACAAGCCAGCUUCAUUUUGGAAUAAGGUGCUGUGGACUGAUGAAACAAAGAUUUAGUUAUUUGGUCAUAACAAGGGGCGUUAUGCAUGGCGGCAAAAGAACACAGCGUUCCAAGAAAAACACUUGCUACCCACAGUAAAAUGUGGUGGGGGUUCCAUCAUGCGGUGGGGUUGUGUGGCCAGUGCCGGUACUGGGAAUCUUGUUAAAGUUGAGGGUCGCAUGGAUUCCACUCAAUAUCAGCAGAUUCUUGGGAAUAAUGUUGAAGAAUCAGUCACAAAGUUGAAGUUACGCCGGGGCUGGAUAUUUCAACAAGACAACGACCCAAAACACUGCUCAAAAUCUACCGGGUAUUUAUGCAGAGGAACAAGUACAAUGUUCUGGAAUGGCCAUCCCAGUCCCCAGACCUGAAUAUCAUUGAGAUCUGUGGGAUGAUUUGAAGCGGGCUGUCCAUGCUCGGCAACCAUCAAACCUAACUGAAGUGGAGAUGUUUUGUAAGGAGGAAUUGUCCAAAAUAUCUUCAUCCAGAAUCCAUUCACUCAUUAGAGGCUAUAGGAAGCGUCUAGAGGCUGUUAUUUUAGCAAAAGGAGGCUCUACUAAAUAUUGAUGUGAUUUUUCUGUUGGGUUGCCCAAAUUUAUGCACCUGUCUAAUUUUGUUUUGAUGCAUAUUGCACAUUUUCUGUUAAUCCAAUAAACCUAAUUUCACUACUGAAAUAUUACUGUGUCCAUCAGUUAUUUGAUAGAUCAAAAUUAAAUUGCUGAUCCAAACACCCAAUUAUUUAUAAAUGGAAAUCAUGGAAAUUGUCAGGGGUGCCCAAACCCACGCGGUGUGAGGCGUUUGUGUAGCCUGUGCGGAGAGGAGAGAACAGGGAUAGGCAGAGGCAUAGUUGACAGGCUGUAGCAGAUGGCUACAAUAAUGCAGAGGAGAUCGGAAUGAAAUGAACUAAACAUCUGGGAAAGGAGAGAGCAGGGCCUCCCUCACCAAAAACUCCCAAAUAUAACUCUCCCAACUUCCACCUCAGAAACUAUAAUUGUUUCACUGAACCACCCGAAUAAAACUCUCCCAACUUCCACUUUAGAAAUUAGAAUUGUUGUAAACUACAGCGGUUCAAUGUUUCAAGGAAUAGAUUCAACUUACUUUAUUCAGCUAGCUAACUAUGACGCCAUAGCUAACUAGCAUGCUAGCAUCCAGUAACACACAGUUUAGCACCAGUACUUGGUUACAACAAACUACCAAUAGUGUGUUAACACACUAAACAGAUAAUUUGUGUCCGUGUCUAGUUCUUUCAUAACGCAGCAAUAAUUAAACGUUGGCUAGCUAGCACAAAGAUAUUGUAUUUAGCUACUACAGUACAGCUAGCUGGUAGUGUUGGCUAGCUAGCAAUGGCUGCUGUGUUGACUUUGUUUGAAAAACGGCGUCGCUGCGAACGAAUGUAGCUGGCUAAAAGGAUAUUGUAUUUAGUUGCUACCGUUGCUAAUAGCUACUCGCCAGCUAGUCCAGGAGGUGAGUUAGCUAGCUAGCUUCGUGCUACACCCGGCACCGCCGAAUACAAAGUAAACCUACAAUAACUACAUACAACAACUACCCACAAACAACCCACGUGCCUAGCUACAAUACCCAAUACAAUCUAAAUACAUAGUUUAAGCCUUACUCGACAAAGCCCAAGCAAUGCAUAAAGCCAAACUUACCCGACGCCAGCUGUCUGGGUGGCAGACAAGACAACUAGGAGAGUGUAUUAUUCAGCAGUAUAACUAGGAUAGUGUUUUAUUCAGCAGUAUAACUAGGAUAGUGUUUUAUUCAGCACUAUAACUAGGAUAGUGUUUUAUUCAGCAAUAUAACUAGGAUAGUGUUUUAUUCAGCAGUAUACUGGGAAGUGUUUUUCGAGUAUAACUAGGAUAUGUAUUAUUACGCAGUAUAACUAGGAUAGUGUUUAUUCACAGUAUAACUGGAUAGUGUUUAUUCACAGUAUAACUAGGAAGUGUUUUUAUUCAGCAGUAUAACUGGAUAGUGUUUUUUUCAGCAUACACUGGAUGGGUUUUUAUUCAGCAUAUACUAGGAAGUUGUUUUAUUCAGCGUAUAACUAGGAUGUGUUUAUUCAGCAGUAUAACUGGGAAGUGUUUUAUCAGCUGUAACUGGGAUAGUGUUUAUUCAGCAGUAUAACUAGGAGGUUUUAUUCAGCAGUAUAACUAGGAUAGUGUUUUAUUCAGCAGUAUAACUAGGAUAGUGUAUUAUUCAGCAGUAUAACUAGGAUAGUGUAUUAUUCAGCAGUAUAACUAGGAUAGUGUUUUAUUCAGCAGUAUAACUAGGAAAGUGUAUUAUUCAGCAGUAUAACUAGGAUAGUGUUUAUUCAGCAGUAUCUGGGAAUUGUUUUUAUUCAGCGUUAACUAGGAUAGGUUAUUUCACCCAGUAUAACUAGGAUAGUGUUUAUUCCUACGGAUGUAAAAGGGUAACAAAGGGCCUACCACUUGCAUUGAUGGUGGAAACCACCUGCUUGUGCUUCCCUGGGGCAUUGGUUACCGUCCUCCAAACGUUUCCAAAAACCCUUCAAAUCAUUGUUCUUUCCAACACAGUUUACACCUCAUCACUAAACCUGCCGUGUGGUUUUACUUUGCCUGCCAUUAAUUGAACAGGGACUUCCUGGUCUGGGGCCUCUAGUGGUUUAAUGUAAUUAAUCUGCAGUUGAUUCACUUGAAGUCAUUAUACAGUCUACUUCCCCAGUAGUACUACUAGGAUAGUGUUUUCCCCAGUAGUACUACAAGGAUAGUGUUUUCCCCAGUAGUACUACUAGGAUAGUGUUUUCCCCAGUAGUACUACUAAUAUACUGUUUUCUCCAGUAGUACUACUAGGAUAGUGUUUUCCCCAGUAGUUCUACUAGGAUAGUGUUUUCCCCAGUAGUACUACUAAAAUACUGUUUUCUUCAGCAGUACUACUAGGAUAGUGUUUUCUUCAGUAGAACUACUAGGAUAGUGUUUUCUCCAGUAGUACUACCAGGAUAGUGUUUUCUCCAGUAGUACUACUAAGAUACUGUUUUCUCCAGUAGUACUACUAGGAUAGUGUUUUCCCCAGUAGUACUACUAGGAUAGUGUUUUCCCCAGUAGUACUACCAGGAUGGUGUUUUCUUCAGUAGUACUACCAGGAUAGUGUUUUCUCCAGUAGUACUACUAGGAUAGUGUUUUCCCCAGUAGUACUACUAGGAUAGUGUUUUCCCCAGUAGUACUACUAGGAUGGUGUUUUCUUCAGUAGUACUACCAGGAUAGUGUUUUCCCCAGUAGUACUACUAGGAUAGUGUUUUCCCCAGUAGUACUACUAGGAUAGUGUUUUCCCCAGUAGUACUACUAGGAUAGUGUUUUCCCCAGUAGUACUACUAGGAUAGUGUUUUCCCCAGUAGUACUACUAUGAUAGUGUUUUCCCCAAUAGUACUACUAGGAUAGUGUUUUCCCCAGUAGUACUACUAGGAUAGUGUUUUCCCCAAAACACACACAUACACACAGCCAUGAUCUUGUGUAUGUUUCAGUUCUGUCAACAGAGAAAUCUAUUCCUCUAUCUUCUCCUCUCUGUCUUCAGGGCUCUCCCUCUCCUCUCCUCUUCUCUCCCCCUCGCUUCUUGAAGUUGGGGUCAUUAUGAUGGGAAUAUGUACAUAUUUUAAUCAUUUCAAAUCAAAGUUUGAUGCUGCAGGGGAAUUCCUUGUUCAAAGAAUAUUUAUCUUCAAUACUUACUGUUCCCUCCCCUGCUCCUGUCUUCCUGAAGAUGUGUGAGUGGAAUAUAACUUAUGUUUUAAUGAUUAAUCAUUCUUUAAUGUUGGGAUCAAAAGUCUAAUUCUCUCUCCCUCUUUCUCCCUCGCUAUCCCCCCCUCUUUCUCUCUCUCACAUUCUCUCUUUCUCCCUCACUAUCUCUCUCCCUCUCUCCUUCUAUCUCUUUUUCUCUCUCUCCCUCCUCUCUCUCUCUCUCUCUCGCUCUCCAGUGCGUGUUCCUGAUGCGGGGGUAUACCUGGUGGGCUUGCCUGUUUUCCCCGCCCACAGACCUCUCUCUAGCCCCGCCCCCACGCCGCUCUCCGCCCCUGAACCACCAGCCAGGAGCAUAGAGGUGAGGAGAGACACACAUAAUGUCACUCACCACAUACUUUCAAACUCUGUGUACACACUCAUACAGUCACUCUUAAAAUAUUUGUAUCUCUCUCCCCCCUCUCUCCUCCCCCUCUCUCUCUCCUCCCCCUCUCUCUCUCUCCUCCCCCCCUCUCUCUCCCCCCCUCCUCUCUCCCCCCCCCCUCUCCCCCCCCUCCUCUCUCUCUCCCCCCCUCCCCCCUCUCUCCUCUCCUCCCCCCUCUCGCUCUCUCUCCUCCCCCCUUUCUCUCUCUCUCUCCUCCCCCCUCUCUCUUUCUCUCCCUCUCUCUCUCUCCUCUUCAGCUCCUGUUGUUCCCAGCGUUGGGGUUUGUUCAGGCAGGUCGUCUGUCGUCUGUAGAGUUCAUCUCUCAGGAGCUCUCCUCACACACUCAGCUUCUCCUGCAGGUCUACAGACCUCACUGUGGCCAGCGCCCUGGACUAACCCUGCUGCUGCCUGGUGAGGAGACACACACACACGUACAGACAGAUGCAUGCCCUCUCACUCACACACACACACACACACACACACACACACACACACACACACACACACACACCACACACACACACACACACACACACACACAUACAGACGCAUGCACUCACACACACACAGACACAUACAGACAGAUGCAUGCACUCACACACUCACACACACAGACAGAUGCAUACACACUCUCACACACACAAGGAAGCAGAUGAGAAUACAAAAGAACAAAGCAGAAGAGAAAAGUUUGGAGAGAAAGGAGGAAGAAGAAACGACAGAAAUAGAAAAUAGGACAAAGAGAGAGAGAGAUGGAGAGAGAGAGAGAUAGCAGAGGGAGAGAGAUAGAGAUGCAGAGAGGAAGAGAUGCAGAGAUGAGAGAGAGAUAGGAGAGAGAUAGAGAGAGAAGAGAGAGAGAGAAGAGAUAUAGUCGAGGAAGAGAUAGAGAUGAGAGAUAGAUGGCAAAUACUAUAUUAUUAAUUACACAGAUAGUGAAUCUGCUUAUUGGGCGAUUGAUAUUCUGCCAAGAACACCAUCUACGCGCACACACACACACACUCCGCUAACACACACACUCCGCUAACACAUACACUCCACUAACACACACACUCCACUAACACACACACUCCGCUAACACACACACUCCGCUAACACACACACUCCGCUAACACACGCACAAUCCCUGAUUGCAAACACUGCUCGUCUCCAAAAUCCCACAACAUCAUCUCUUCCUCUGCUUUCUCAGGCCAGCUCUCUCUACUCUCUCAUCCCAAAUCCUACUCGUCAUUCCUUCCAUCUCUUCCUAUGCUGCUUCUAAGCCCAGCCUCUCUCUCUCUCUCUCCUCCCAUCCUCUCAUCUCUCUCCAUUCCUCAUCUCUUUCUCAUUAGCUUGUCUCAGGCCAGCUCUCUCCUAUCUCUUCUCCCAUAACCUCUCUCCAUUCCUCCAUCUCUCCCUCUGCUUUCUCAGGCCAGCUCUCUCUCUCUCACUCUCCCAUCCUCUCUCCAUUCCUCCAUCUCUUCCUCUGCUUUCUCAGGCCAGCUCUCUCUCGCCGACCUCACUCUCCUCGCCCAUCCGCCUCUGCCCAUUCCUCCAUCUCUUCCUCUGCUUUCUCAGGCCAGCUCUCUCUCUCUCUCUCUCCCAUCCUCUCUCCAUUCCUCCAUCUCUCCCUCUGCUUUCUCAGGCCAGCUCUCUCUCUCUCUCCCUCUCCAUUCCUCCAUCUCUUCCUCUGCUUUCUCAGGCCAGCUCUCUCUCUCUCUCUCCCAUCCUCUCUCCAUUCCUCCAUCUCUUUCUCUGCCUUUUGGCUUCCUGUCAGUGGAAGGUUUUGUUUUGUUUAGCUGUUUUUCAUCUGUCAAGACAGAAAGCUCAAUACUCUAAACUGCUUGAGUCGUGAAACCAAAGCUGAAAUGACAGAUUAUGAUGUUUCUUGUCAUGAUGUUUCCAGUGCUUCAUGUGCCGGAACAAAAAGUGAGCGUGAGAAGGGGAUGAUCUGUGGAGUUCUGAGAUACCAGAACGCAUGAGAAAACCCCCCCCUCUCACGCUCACAUGGGGGGAUUUUUUAGUAGCCUAGGGUCCGGGAAAAUGUUUGCCUUCUAUAAACGCAUUUCAAGCAAUUCUUUACAUGACACUGAGAAUCUGAGAUCGACCUUGUCUUCAAUCCAUCAAUAGCCUAGGCCUAGGUGUGUGAAGGCACACAUAUUGCAGGCUACAAUAUGAGGAGGAAAUUAUAGUUCUAAAAAUGCUUUCCAGUUUCACUGACUCACCCAAUGAUGCGCAGCUCACUGGCCAGUGAUGGCCGACGUGUUCGUGCCAAAAGCCUCUCUCUUUUUUAAGUAAGUAAAACAAUAUGUGGAAGUUGCUCAAAUAUUUUGGUAGCCUAGAGCAGACAUAUUAGAGUCUUCUGUUUUCAGCAGGAGCCAUUUGCUUUCCUACCGGUGUUUUCCUGCGAUUGAAUUUGAAAUAUUGUGAAAGGCCUGUUUUGUCUGCAUGCUGUUGUUCACCGACAGAUUUGCCGGGCGUUCCCGACUGUAGGCCUCGUUGUUGGGCUACACACAAGCCACAGCUAGGCCAUUUUUUAAAGAAGCUUUUUAUCCUCUGUGGCUAAAUUAUAGGCUUUAUCAUGGUGUAGUAGGCUAUUCUGAAUUAUUUCAUUUCUUUCUGAACAAACAGCAGUAAUUCUAUAAUUUUGGCAAAUUUAUUUCAAUUUAUCAGGGCUGCAGUUCCUUCAGAACCCUUUUGCGCGGUUAUGAAGUGCAACGCUGGAGAGAUGAGUUGCAGGCUCAUGUCUAUCAGAGCAGAGAGAGGGAGAGAGAUCAUAGAAAGUGAAUCUCAUUCUAGUUCUGUGAGAGAUACAGGCGCGCUUCUCACACAGCUACGGCCACACGUUGGUCUCAAACAUAGGUUGCAAUGUUACGCCAACCAUAAGGCCCAAUCCGAAUCAACUCUUAGAAUAUCAGGCCCGGCAAAAAAUCUACUUUUUCACAUUACGUUUUUUUGGGGGGGCAGGAGAAUUAACGAAGAGGCAACUCGAAUUAACUUUGAUCGCUUUUAUGGUAAUUUUUACUUUGCAAAAUGUGAAAAAUAUUUUUCAUGCCACGAAAGGUACCUGAUCCGUCCAAAUACGUUCCGGAAUGAAACAUUCAAAAUGUAAAAGGUGCCAGAUCCUGUUCUGGCAGGAUCCGGCUCAAAUUAAGCACUGGAUGUUUCUGUCAUGAUGAUGUUUCUUGUCAUGAUGAUGUUUCUUGCCAAACAUCCACCUUCAACAUGAAAUAUGAUGACAUAAUCAAUGCUGUAGGAUUAGUUUCUUUGAGUUCUAUGACCAACACACACACACACUAGGCUUGGGCAGUAUCAAGAUUGUCAUACCGACCUUGUGCCAUCCCGGGAUAUUCGGUAAUACCGGCACUGCACACAAGGGCCGCUGUUUUCAAACCCCACUCAUACUCUGUAAUCCGAAGGUUAGCAAUGCUAACAAGUACAUGUAAAACCCCACAGAGAACGCCACCUAAAUGCGCAUUGCGCAUUGCAAACAUUUUGUACAGUUUCUGACAUAAACUAUACAAGUAAAAUGCUACUCAGUUUUCUACACGAAAAAAAUCUAUAUUAGCCAGCAAGGCUCUUGAUCCAGGAGGGGAUUCUCUGCUGUUACCAAGCGAUUGCUUUAUUUUGGAAGAAGCUAACCACUUAGCUAACUAGCUACUAAAUUAGCAAACCAAAUACACAACUGCAGAGCAUUUAGCACAUUUUAGACAGUUAAUUCCAUACUGUAACUACAUCAACUGACGCCUGCUGCACAACAGUGAGUGACUCACAACGCUCCGUUCUCUCCUCGUUGUAUGCUUGUAAACAAACACCACGUGACUGGGGACUACCGUAAGCUUCAUAAUAAUGUUUACAUUUACAUUUUUACAUUUUAGUCAUUUAGCAGACGCUCUUAUCCAGAGCGACUUACAGUUAGUGAAUACAUCUUUUUUUUUAUACUGGCCCCCGUGGGAAUCAAACCCACAACCCUGGCGUUUAUGCUCUAUCAACUGAGCUACAUCCCUGCCGGCCAUUCCCUCCCCUACCCUGGACCAAUUGUGCGCCGCCCAUGAGUCUCCCGGUCGCGGCCGGCUGCGACAGAGCCUGGAUUCGAACCAGGAUCUCUAGUGGCACAGUUAGCACUGCAAUGCAGUGCCUUAGACCACUGCGCCACUCAGGAGACAAUGUGACAGGUGAAAUGAAGAACGCAAUGUUCUUUAUCUCCUGACGUAUUGCACAAGUUGACUGCAGGUAUUUACUUAAAAAGUAGCUACAAAUAUAUAUUAAAAACUUCUAAGAAAUAGUUUCAACAGUAUUGGAGGUAUUGAAAAACCAUCCCGUGGCUUUUUCUUAAUACCCCAGUAUAUGGUAUUUACGGUAUACCACCUAACACUCAAGCAUACACACACACACACACACACACACACACACACACACACACACACACACACACACACACACACACACACACACACACACCACACACACACACACACACACACACACACUCACAAACAGAAACAUAUACAAACACACACACUCAGCCCCCCACCACCACCACCCCUCUGUAACCCCGACUCUCCUCCCUCCAGGAUGCGGUGGUCCACUAUGUCAUCCUGUGGCUCUGUGUGUCUCCAUGGAGCCCAGCACCUCCACCCCUUUACCCUCCACCUCCUGCCCUCCUCUCCAGCAGUGGUGCCCCUUCCUGGGCCGCUGCUUGCCCCUGGCCAGCCCCUGCCACCCUGGAUCCUGUGCCAACUGUACCCAGGCAGACACUCUGCCUCCCGGAGCGCAGCGUCCUAGUUACAGCCUGGUGAAUGAGGUGAUGGUUACACUGCCUGCUGGACCUGUUACACACGUACUGGUGAGUGGACGGACACACACACACACUUGGUGGACAGACACACACACUUAGUGGACAGACACACACAGUCACACACACACACACCAAGUGAACACAACACCUACAGUGAUACACACAACAAAACACAACUACUACUUUUAAAACAAACUCACCUCCUAUCUCUUCCUCCUUCUCUCUCCUCCUCUCCCCCCUCAGGUGAGGGAGCGUGUCGAGGACCUGCUGGUCUCCCCCGGUGACAUCAUCGCCCUGCAGCACGACGCCGGCCCCGCCUCCCUGCUCCGCUGCGACCCUUCACCCCAGUCGCCGUGGCGACAGUCAAUCCUGGCCCACAACCAAUCCGACUGGCUGUGGGCCAACGCCAACCAAUCAGAAGGUUCCGUGGAUCUGGACCAGAGCGUUGAACUAACCCUGGAGGAUGGAGGUGUUGGAGGUCUUGCAGGAAGAGAACUAGAGGGUGGAGGAGGAGGCUGGGUGGCGGACGUGGUCUGCCCGAUCAGGGUGCUCUACGUUGGGCAUAGUGAGACCCAGCUCCAGGGGUCCCAGCUCUCCUCCGGCCUCCCCCAGCCGGGGCUCUACAGCCUGGAGGUGACCUCCGACGACCCUGCCUUCCCCGUCACGGCGUCAUGUCCCGUCCUUGUGGUCCCUCCCCUUGGCCUCACCGUCCUCCACCCCACUUCUCAGAACGGAACCUACUACUUCAGGUAAUGUGUUGUGUUGGAUUGGAUGGAUUAUUAUUUUGUUAAUAUUCUGUCUUGUAUAUUCGGUUUAUUGUAAGACAUUGUCCAUAAGCCGAGACCAUUUCACCAGGUCAAAUUCCUGGUACAUGUGAAUGAAUGUAAAUACAAAUACAAAUGAUUGUGAUUGUGAUCCAGGCCCAACCAGACGGUGGUUCUGCUCCGGGUCCACUCCCAGUACGGAGCCAGAGUCCACUGGCAGGGCAGCAUCCAGAGUGUGCUCUUCCAGGACCACUGCCCCCCUGAGUUCCUGCCCACCGUGGGGGAGUGUAGAGGGGCAGGCAGGGCAGGAGAACAAGGGAGAGGGGGGGAGAACCAGAGCCACAGCCUGUUUGCGGUGGUAGAUCUGGGGCUAGGGGAGGAGAGGGGGCCAGUGCUGGUGAAUAUGUCAGCACACAGGUGAGAUAUCUCUAUGAUUUUAUACAUCCCUACACUGUUAGAAAAAAAGUGCUAUCUAGAACCUAAAAGGGUUCUUUGACUCUCCCCAUAGGAAAACCCUUUGAAGAACCCUUGUUGGUUCAAGGUAGAACCGUUUUGGUUCCAAGUAGAACCAUUUUGGGUUCCAUGUAGAACCCUUUCCAGAGAGGGUUCUACAUGCAACCCAAAAUGGUUCUACCUGGAACCAAAAAGGGUUUUCCUAUGGGGACAGCCGAAGAACCCUUUUGGAACCCUUUUUUCUAAGAGUAUGUCACAUACGGUAUAUCUACAUUUAGUGUGAUUGUAUAGACUGUAUAUGUGACUGUCAUUUGGGUGCAACAAGUCUCUUAGGGGAGCUAACACAAGUCUUCAAGUCUCAAUGUUGCUCAUCACACCUGUCUGUGUGUGUCCACAGCGAGGUGACGGAGGCCAGUCUCAGCCUGUUGGUCGAGGUGGAGGAACCUCUGAGAGGUCUGGUGGUCCAUCCUCACCCCAGACACAGAGUACUCAUGGAGUCAGUAGUGGUGAGUUCGAGUUCAAUAUGUGUGUGUGUUGCUUCAUCCCAGACACAGUCUUCAUGGAGUGGGUGGUGGCUACGGGGUGGAGGGGGUGUGUGUGUUGCUUCAUCCCAGACCCAGUCUUCAUGGAGUGGGUGGUGGCUACGGGGUGGAGGGGGUGUGUGUGUUGCUUUAUCCCAGACCCAGUCUUCAUGGAGUGGGUGGUGGCUACGGGGUGGAGGGGGUGUGUGUGUUGCUUCAUCCCAGACCCAGUCUUCAUGGAGUGGGUGGUGGCUACGGGGUGGAGGGGGUGUGUGUGUUGCUUCAUCCCAGACCCAGUCUUCAUGGAGUGGGUGGUGGCUACGGGGUGGAGGGGGUGUGUAUGUUGCUUCAUCCCAGACACAGUCUUCAUGGAGUGGGUGGUGGCUACGGGCUGGAGGGGGUGUGUAUGUUGCUUCAUCCCAGACCCAGUCUUCAUGGAGUGGGUGGUGGCUACGGGGUGGAGGGGGUGAUGGUUCUCCUCUUGCUGUGUGUUCCAGAGCUAUACUGCUGCUGUAGAGGGAGGGUCCAACCCAACCUUUAAAUGGACGGUGGAUGAGAAGCCCUACUUCACCUACUACAACACAGUGCUAAACAUCAUAUACCAGAACCCAGCCGUCUACAAACUAUCGGUGAGACACACACAUACACAUAUACCACACACAUACACACACACACACACACACAUAACACACACACACCACACAAUACACACACACACACACACACACACACACAUAUACACACACACACACACACAACACAAACACACAACACACACACACAUACACAUAUACACACACACAACACACACACACACACACACACACACAACACACACACACACACACACAUACACUAUACACACACACACACACACCCACACACAUAUACACACACACACACCACACACACACACAAUACACACACACACACAUACACACACACACACACACCCACACCACACACCCACACACACAUAUCCCCACCACACACCCACACACCACACACACAUACACCACCCACACCUAUACCCCACACCCUAUAUACACACCCCCACACCACAUCAACCACACACACCAUACACACCCACCACCACCUUCCCCCCAUCACCCACCCCACACCACACACACCCACCCACCCCUACUCACCCACACACCACACCCUCACCCCACCCAUCACCCACACACACCCCCCCUACACCACCCCACACACACACACACACACCCCACAACCCCCCACACACCACAUACACCCCCCACACACACACACACACACUAUCACCCACCACCCACCCACCCCCCACCCAUACACACCACACCCCACCCCCACCCACCCACCCCUAUACCACCCCACCCCCCUCACUUCCACACCCCCACACCCCACACUAUCUCACCCCACCCCGCCUGCACCCCCCCCCCUAUCUACCCCCCACACCCACCCCCCCCCUCCAAUACACACACCACACACACCACAUACACACACAUUCACACACACACACACACACACACACAAAGGUGAUAUUAAAGAUGAGUGUGAUUGAUUUAGCAUUGAUCUUGGUAAAAGCUAGGGUGUGUGUGUGUGUGUGUGUAUGUUUGUGUGUGUUCUUAGCACAGACACACAAUACAACAUUGAUGACUGAUAUGGGCCCCUGCCUUGGCUGAUGCUGUUUUGGUGUAGGUUAAAGCUAGGUGGUAAAGCUAAGCUUAUGUCUAGCUACUUUGAUCUGUGAAAUCGAUGUACUACUUUUGGCAUUGAUUUUCACCAGGUCUCAAAGGAGACUCCCCACCAACACAUCCACCGCUUCUGUGCAACACCAGCGUGA